ACGUCACCAGGAGCCACCAAAGCCCCUCGCUCUCACCCAGUGCUGCUCAGGAGGGAAGACUGGAGAGCCUUUGCUCCAAAGGAUAUUUACUGGAUGUCGCUGGUCUGAAGAAACAGAGAGAAAAAACCCACAAGAGCUUAAAAAAAACCCAACCCCAGAGCAUCUCUGUAGGCUGAUGCUGGGAAGGCAGAAAUUGCCUCAUUAACCUAAGUGAGUGGGGGAGAGACAGAAGCAAACCCUCAGAAUGGAGGAAGAAGAAUAUGAGGAAGUUGUGGAGUACUACAUUGAGGAGACAGUUAUUGAGGAGGGUGAGCCACACGAGGUGGUCACAGAGAUCACUGAGACCAUCAGCACAGAGUACUCAGUCCCUGAGACCACCACAACCACCACGUACACAGCUGAGCACACCCAGCCCUCCGUGGAGGAUGCAGCUCCUCCCAUCAGGAAGAAAACAAUCCGGACAAAAGUGGACCCAUCCAAGUUUCUGACACCUUACCUGGAACACAGCAAUAAAAUGAAGGACUUAUUCAGUGAGAACAAGUACAAGGAAAAAUUCAGAAAAGAAAAAGGAAAGCCAUAUGCUUCCACAGUCGAUACCCCAGAAAUCCGGAGGAUCAAGAAAGUGCAGGACCAGCUCAGUGAGGUUAAAUACCGCAUGGCUGGGGGAGUUGCCAGAACCAUUUGCCACGUGGAUGAAAAGGCCAUGGAUAUAGAACAUGCAAAGAAAGUGUCACAGCAAGUGAGCAAGGUAUUAUAUAAACAGAACUGGGAGGAGAAUAAGGACAAGUACCUGCUUCCCCCUGAUGCUCCAGAGCUUGUGAAUGCAAUAAAAAACACAGCAAUGUUCAGCAAGAAACUCUAUACUGAAGACUGGGAUGCAGACAAAACGUUGUUUUAUCCCUACAAUGACAGUCCAGAGCUCAGAAGGGUGGCACAGGCUCAGAAGACUCUGAGUGAUAUUGUCUACAAAAAGGGGCACGAUGAAAGGAAAGCAAAAUUCACCUCUCUGCCAGACCCCCCUGAUGUGGAACAAGCCAAGAAGGUGUCACGGCAGCUGAGUGAUGUUAUUUACCAUGAGGACUAUAAAAACAAAAUCAAAGGCAAGUGGAGUCAAACUCCGUGCUAUGACGUGGCAGUUGCAAAAAUGAAUGCAGAAAAUCUAAGUAUGAGGAAAUACCAGGAAGACUUUGAAAACAUGAAAGACCAAAUCUACUUCAUGCAGACUGAAACUCCAGAAUACGAAGCCAACAAACGAGCUUCAGAAAACGUCAGCAAGUUCAAAUACAGAGCAGACUAUGAAAAGAAGAAAGCUGUUGCAGAUUAUAAUGUGCUCCCUGCUACAGAGAACCCAUUGCUGAAGCAAUUAAAAACUGCAGCAAAUAUUCUGAGUGAUAAAUUAUACAAAGAAGCCUAUGAACAGUCCAGAGGAAACAAGAUGAAUUACUGUGAGACACCCAAGUUCCAGACUGAUGCUGCUCUGAAGAACUUUAGUGAUGUUAAGUAUAAAGAUGCAUAUCAGAAGAAUAUUUUGGGGCACUACUUGGGCAGCUUUGAGGACCCUCACCAAAUCCACUGCAUGAAGGUUGAAGCUAUGAAAAGUGAUAAAAAUUACAAAGCAGAUUAUGAGGAGGAAAAGACAAAGUGCUACUUCCCUCAGACCAUAACUCAAGAGUAUGAAGCAAUCAAGAAGUUGGAGCAAUGUAAAGAUUACACCUACAAAAAGCAUCCUGAUCAAACCAAAUUCACUUCAGUGACUGACUCUCCAGUACAGAAACAAGCAGAGAUCAACAGCAAACAGCUGAGUGAUAUUUUGUAUAAAUCUAAAGGGGAAGAAAUUAUUCACAAGUACCACCUCCCUCCUGAUGUGCCUCAGUUCAUCCAGGCUAGAGUCAAUGCCUACAACAUCAGUGAUGCUAACUACAAAGCAGACUGGAAGAAAACCCUUGCCAAAGGCUAUGAUCUGAAGCCAGAUGCCAUUCCAAUUAUUGCUGCUAAAGCUUCUCGGAAUAUUGCAAGUGAUUACAAAUACAAGGAGUCCUAUGAGAAAGACAAAGGCAAACAGGUUGGGUACCGGAGCCUGCAGGAUGAUCCCAAACUUGUGCACUACAUGAACGUGGCCAAAAUCCAGUCGGAUCGGGAAUACAAGAAGGAUUAUGAAGUCACCAAGACCAAAUAUCACGCUCCUCUGGAUAUGUUCAGUGUGACAGCUGCCAAGAAAGCCCAGGAAGUGGUGACAAACGCUGGCUACAAGCAGCCAAUUCACCAUUACACCCUCCUGCCUGAUGCUGUGAACCUGGAGCUCUCCAAAAAUGUGAUGCAGCUUCAGAGUGAUAAUCUGUACAAAUCUGACUUCAAUAACUGGCUGAGAGGAGUUGGCUGGGUCCCAAUUCAGUCACUGGAUGUAGAAAAGGCCAAGAAAGCCACGGAGAUUCUCAGUGAGAAGAAGUACCGCCAGCAUCCCGACCAGCUCAAGUUCUCCAUCCCCAUGGAUGCCAUGGAGCAAGUGCUGGCAAAGCAAAAUGCCAAGACCAUGAACAAGAGGCUGUACACAGAUAAGUGGAACAAAGAGAAGACCAGCAUUCAUGUGAUGCCAGACACCCCAGAAAUCCUGCAGUGCAAAGUGAACCAGAUGACCAUGAGUGAUAAACUUUACAAAGCUGGAUGGGAGGAGGACAAGAAGAAGGGUUAUGACUUGCAGCCAGAUGCAAUUCCAAUAAAAGCAGCCAAGAGCUCCAGGGACAUCGCCAGCGAUUAUAAAUACAAACUGGCCUACGAGAAGGCCAAAGGGAAGCACAUCGGCUUCCGCAGCCUGGAGGAUGACCCCAAGCUGGUGCACUUCAUGCAGGUGGCAAAGAUGCAAUCUGACAGGGAGUACAAAAAGGGUUAUGAGAAGGCCAAGACUAACUUCCACACUCCAGUUGACAUGGUCAGUGUGGUGGCAGCCAAGAAAGCCCAGGAAGUGGCUACAAAUGCAAACUACAAGAACUUAAUCCACACCUACAACGUCCUGCCAGAUGCUAUGAGCAUUGAACUGGCCAAAAACAUGAUGCAGUUACAAAGUGAUAAUCAAUACAAAGCAGAGUAUGAUGAAACUAUGAAGGGUGUUGGGUGGCUCCCACUGGGCUCCCUGGAAGCUGAGAAGAACAAAAAAGCCAUGGAAAUCGUGAGCGAGAAGAAAUAUCGCCAGCAUCCAGACAAGUUGAAGUACUCUGUUCCUAUGGAUUCCAUGAACAUGGUCUUGGCUUUAAAUAAUGCCAAAAUCAUGGAUGAGCACAAGUACAAACAAGCCUGGGAAGAAGACAAAAAGAAAAUUCAUAUCACCCCAGAUAUUCCACAGAUUGUUUUAGCAAAAGCAAAUGCAUUCAAUUUAAGUGAAAAAAUGUACAGAUCUUCAUUUGAAGAAACCAGGAAGAAAGGAUAUGAUCUCAGGGCUGAUGCUAUUCCUGUCAAAGCUGCCAAAGCUUCCAGGGAUAUUGCCAGUGAUUAUAAAUACAAAAUAGGGUAUGAAAAAGACAAAGGGAAACUCGUCGGCUUCCGCAGCCUCCAGGAUGAUCCCAAACUUGUCCAUUGCAUGCAAGUGGCCAAGAUGCAGUCAGACAGGGAGUACAAGAAGGCCUAUGAGGCGAGCAAGACUCAUUACCAGACACCUUCUGAUGCCCUCAGCGUGGUGGCAGCCAAGGAGGCCCAGGACCGUGUCACCAACACCAACUACAAACGCCUGAUCCACCAGUACAUGCUCCUGCCAGAUGCAAUGAGUCUGGAGCUGUACAGAAACAUGAAUCAGAUCCAAAGCGAUAAUGAGUACAAGCAGGAUUACAAGGAGUGGUUCAGGGGCAUUGGUUGGAGUCCCAUUGGUUCUCUGGAUGUGGAGAAAUCAAAGAAAGCCACGGAGAUUGCGAGCGAUCGGAAGUACCGCCAGCACCCCAGCAUGUUCCGCUUCACCAAACAGAACGAUGCCAUGGACCUGGUCCUUGCCAAGCAGAAUGCAAAUAUCAUGAACAAACAUGCUUAUACCGAAGCCUGGGAGAAGGAUAAAACUCAGGUCCACGUGAUGCCAGACACACCAGAUAUUCUACAAGCCAAACAGAACAAGACAAACUACAGCCAGAAACUCUACAAGCUUGGCUGGGAGGAAAUGAUAAAGAAAGGCUAUGACCUCACACCUGAAGCCAUGUCAGUGAAAGCUGCCAAAGCUUCAAGGGACAUUGCAAGUGAUUUCAAGUACAAAGAAGGAUACCGCAAGCAGCAGGGACAUCACAUCGGGUUCCGCAGCCUGCAGGAUGACCCCAAGAUGUUGUGGUCCAUGCAAGUAGCUAAAAUGCAGAGUGAGAGGGAGUACAAGAAAGACUUUGAAAAGUGGAAGACCAAGUUUAAUAUGCCUGUGGAUAUGCUGGGCUUCCUUCUGGCCAAGAAGUGUCAGGAGCUGGUCAGUGAUGUGGACUACAAACACAUACUGCACCGCUGGACUUGUCUGCCAGACCAGGUCGAUGUCACCGAGGCAAGGAGGGUCAACGAGCUGCAGAGUGAUAACCUGUAUAAGUCAGAUCUGCAGUGGCUCAGAGGCAUUGGAUGGAGUCCUUUGGGAUCUCUGGAAGCUGAAAAGAACAAGAAAGCUUCUGAAAUACUGAGUGACAAGAAGUACAGGCAGCACCCAGACACAAUUAAGUUCACAAGUAUCCCAGAUGCCAUGGAUGUUGUUUUGGCAAAAUCUAAUGCCAAAAAUAGGAGUGAUAUACUCUACAGGGAAGCUUGGAACAAGGACAAGACUAAGGUUCACAUCAUGCCUGAUACUCCUGAAAUUUUGUUGGCUAAAUCAAACUUGAUUAACACAAGUGAUAAACGUUACAAGGUAGGAUAUGAAGAGCUGAAGAAGAAAGGCUACGACCUCCCUCCUGAUGCCAUCCCCCUCCAGGCAGCCAAGGCAUCCCGAGACAUAGCCAGCGAGUACAAAUACAAAACUGCAUACAGAAAACAGCUGGGCCACCACAUUGGGGCCAGGAACAUCGAGGAUGAUCCCAAGAUGAUGUGGUCGAUGCACGUGGCCAAGAUCCAGAGUGACAGAGAGUACAAGAAGGACUUUGAGAAGUCCAAGACAAGGUUCAGCAGCCCCGUGGACAUGCUGGGAGUGGUGUUGGCCAAGAAGUGCCAGGAGCUGGUUAGUGAUGCCGACUACCGGCACCCUCUGCACCGCUGGACGUGUCUGCCGGACCAGAACGAUGUUGUCCAUGCCAAGACAGUGUACGACCUGCAGAGUGAUAACGUCUACAAGUCUGACCUGCAGUGGCUGAGGGGCAUUGGCUGGUCCCCAAUUGGAUCACUGGAUGUUGAGAAGAACAAGAGGGCGAGUGAGAUUCUGAGUGACAAGAAGUAUCGUCAGCACCCAGACACCAUCAAAUUCACCAGCCUUCCUGACUCAAUGCCCAUGGUGCUGGCAAAGCACAACUCCAAAAUCAUGGACCAGCGCUCGUACAUCUCAGCCUGGGAGAAGGACAAAACCAGCAUUCACAUCAUGCCAGACACCCCUGGGAUCCUGCUGGCCCAGCAGAACAAAGUGAACUUCAGCGAGAAACUGUACAAGCAGGCGAUGGAGGAGGAGAAGAAGAAGGGCUACGACAUGCGGGCAGAUGCCAUUCCCAUCAAGUCUGCCAAAGCUUCCCGGGACAUUGCCAGUGAUUACAAGUACAAGGAAGGGUAUCGCAAACAACUGGGCCACCACAUUGGGGCCAGGAACAUUGAGGAUGAUCCCAAGAUGAUGUGGUCGAUGCAUGUGGCCAAGAUCCAGAGUGACAGGGAGUACAAGAAAGCCUUUGAGAAGUCCAAGACCAACUUCAGCAGCCCUGUGGACAUGCUGGGAGUGGUGUUGGCCAAGAAGUGCCAGGAGCUGGUCAGUGAUGCCGAUUACCGGCACCCUCUGCACCGCUGGACGUGUCUGCCGGACCAGAACGACGUUGUCCAUGCCAAGACAGUGUAUGACCUGCAGAGUGAUAACGUCUACAAGUCUGACCUGCAGUGGCUGAGGGGCAUUGGCUGGUCCCCAAUUGGAUCACUGGACGUUGAGAAGAACAAGAGGGCGAGUGAGAUCCUGAGUGACAAGAAGUAUCGUCAGCACCCAGACACCAUCAAAUUCACCAGCCUUCCUGACUCAAUGCCCAUGGUGCUGGCAAAGCACAACUCCCAAAUCAUGGACCAUCGCUCGUACAUCUCAGCCUGGGAGAAGGACAAAACCAGCAUUCACAUCAUGCCAGACACCCCUGGGAUCCUGCUGGCCCAGCAGAACAAAGUGAACUUCAGUGAGAAACUGUACAAGCAGGCGAUGGAGGAGGAGAAGAAGAAGGGCUACGACAUGCGGGCAGAUGCCAUUCCCAUCAAGUCUGCCAAAGCUUCCCGGGACAUUGCCAGUGAUUACAAGUACAAGGAAGGGUAUCGGAAGCAGCUGGGCCACCACAUUGGGGCCAGGAACAUCGAGGAUGAUCCCAAGAUGAUGUGGUCGAUGCAUGUGGCCAAGAUCCAGAGUGACAGGGAGUACAAGAAAGCCUUUGAGAAGUCCAAGACCAACUUCAGCAGCCCCGUGGACAUGCUGGGAGUGGUGUUGGCCAAGAAGUGCCAGGAGCUGGUCAGUGAUGCCGACUACCGGCACCCUCUGCACCGCUGGACGUGCCUGCCGGACCAGAACGAUGUUGUCCAUGCCAAGACAGUGUACGACCUGCAGAGUGAUAACGUCUACAAGUCUGACCUGCAGUGGCUGAGGGGCAUUGGCUGGUCCCCAAUUGGAUCAUUGGAUGCUGAGAAGAACAAGAGGGCGAGUGAGAUCCUGAGUGACAAGAAGUAUCGUCAGCACCCAGAUACCAUCAAAUUCACCAGCCUUCCUGACUCAAUGCCCAUGGUGCUGGCAAAGCACAACUCCCAAAUCAUGGACCAACGCUCGUACAUCUCAGCCUGGGAGAAGGACAAAACCAGCAUUCACAUCAUGCCAGACACCCCUGGGAUCCUGCUGGCCCAGCAGAACAAAGUGAACUUCAGCGAGAAACUGUACAAGCAGGCGAUGGAGGAGGAGAAGAAGAAGGGCUACGACAUGCGGGCAGAUGCCAUUCCCAUCAAGUCUGCCAAAGCUUCCCGGGACAUUGCCAGUGAUUACAAGUACAAGGAAGGGUAUCGCAAACAGCUGGGCCACCACAUUGGGGCCAGGAACAUUGAGGAUGACCCUAAGAUGAUGUGGUCGAUGCACGUGGCCAAGAUCCAGAGUGACAGGGAAUACAAGAAAGCCUUUGAGAAGUCCAAAACCCACUUCAGCAGCCCCGUGGACAUGCUGGGAGUGGUGUUGGCCAAGAAGUGCCAGGAGCUGGUGAGCGACGCCGACUACCGGCACCCUCUGCACCGCUGGACAUGCCUGCCAGACCAGAACGACGUUGUCCAUGCCAAGACAGUGUAUGACCUGCAGAGUGAUAACGUCUACAAGUCUGACCUGCAGUGGCUGAGGGGCAUUGGCUGGUCCCCAAUUGGAUCAUUGGAUGCUGAGAAGAACAAGAGGGCAAGCGAGAUCCUGAGUGACAAGAAGUAUCGUCAGCACCCAGACACCAUCAAAUUCACCAGCCUUCCUGACUCGAUGCCCAUGGUGCUGGCAAAGCACAACUCCCAAAUCAUGGACCAACGCUCGUACAUCUCAGCCUGGGAGAAGGACAAAACCAGCAUUCACAUCAUGCCAGACACCCCUGGGAUCCUGCUGGCCCAGCAGAACAAAGUGAACUUCAGCGAGAAACUGUACAAGCAGGCGAUGGAGGAGGAGAAGAAGAAGGGCUACGACAUGCGGGCAGAUGCCAUUCCCAUCAAGUCUGCCAAAGCUUCCCGGGACAUCGCCAGUGAUUACAAGUACAAGGAAGGGUAUCGCAAACAGCUGGGCCACCACAUUGGGGCCAGGAACAUUGAGGAUGAUCCCAAGAUGAUGUGGUCAAUGCACGUGGCCAAGAUCCAGAGUGACAGGGAGUACAAGAAGGACUUUGAGAAGUCCAAGACAAGGUUCAGCAGCCCCGUGGACAUGCUGGGAGUGGUGUUGGCCAAGAAAUGCCAGGAGCUGGUCAGUGAUGCCGAUUACCGGCACUACCUGCACCAGUGGACUUGUCUGCCAGACCAGAAUGAUGUCAUCCAUGCUAAGCAAGCCUAUGAGCUCCAGAGUGAUAACUGCUACAAAUCUGACCUUGAGUGGCUGCGGGGCAUUGGCUGGGUCCCAAUUGGUUCCUUGGAAGUUGAGAAGGCCAAGAAGGCAGGAGAGAUCCUGAGUGACAAAAUUUACCGCCAGCACCCGGACACCAUCAAGUUCACCAGCAUCCCAGAUUCUCUCCCAAUGGUGUUGGCCAAGCAGAAUGCAGACACCAUGAACAAGCGUUUGUACACUGAGGCCUGGGAUAAAGACAAGACACAAAUCCACAUCAUGCCUGACACGCCUGAAAUCACACUGGCAAGAGAGAAUAAGAAGAACUACAGUCUGAAACAAUACAGGCAGGCCAUGGAAGAUUCAAAGAAGAAAGGCUAUGAUUUGAGAGCUGAUGCCAUCCCCAUCCAAGCAGCCAAAGCAUCCAGGCAAAUUGCCAGUGAUUACAAGUACAAGGAAGGGUACCGCAAACAGCUGGGCCACCACAUUGGGGCCAGGAACAUUGAGGAUGACCCCAAGAUGAUGUGGUCAAUGCACGUGGCCAAGAUCCAGAGUGACAGGGAGUACAAGAAGGACUUUGAGAAGUCCAAGACAAGGUUCAGCAGCCCUGUGGACAUGCUGGGAGUGGUGUUGGCCAAGAAAUGCCAGCAGCUGGUGAGCGACGCUGACUACCGGCACUACCUGCACCAGUGGAUCUGUCUGCCCGACCAGAACGACGUGAUCCACGCCAAGCAAGCCUACGAGCUCCAGAGUGAUAACUGCUACAAAUCUGACCUGGAAUGGCUACGGGGUGUUGGCUGGGUCCCAAUUGGUUCUUUGGAAGUUGAGAAAGCCAAGAGAGCAGGGGAGAUCCUGAGUGACAAAAUUUACCGCCAGCAUCCAGACACCAUCAAGUUCACCAGUGUCACGGAUUCCCUGGAGAUGGUGUUGGCCAAGCAGAAUGCAGACAUCAUGAACAAACGUUUGUACACUGAAGCUUGGAACAAAGACAAGACCUCGAUUCAUGUCAUGCCUGACACCCCAGAAAUCCUGCUGGCCAAACAGAACCGAGUGAACUACAGUGAGAAAAUGUACAAACUGGCCUUGGAGGAGUCAAAGAAAAAGGGCUAUGAUUUGCGAUUUGAUGCCAUUCCCAUUCAGUCUGCCAAAGCCUCCAGGGAGAUUGCCAGUGAGUACAAGUACAAGGAAGGGUAUCGGAAGCAGCUGGGCCACCACAUUGGGGCCAGGAACAUCGAGGAUGACCCCAAGAUGAUGUGGUCAAUGCACGUGGCCAAGAUCCAGAGUGACAGGGAGUACAAGAAGGACUUUGAGAAGUCCAAGACAAGGUUCAGCAGCCCCGUGGACAUGCUUGGAAUUGUGUUGGCCAAGAAAUGCCAGCAGCUGGUGAGCGACGCUGACUACCGGCACUACCUGCACCAGUGGAUCUGUCUGCCUGACCAGAACGACGUGAUCCACGCCAAGCAAGCCUACGAGCUCCAGAGUGAUAACUGCUACAAAUCUGACCUGGAAUGGCUACGGGGUGUUGGCUGGGUCCCAAUUGGUUCUUUGGAAGUUGAGAAAGCCAAGAGAGCAGGGGAGAUCCUGAGUGACAAAAUUUACCGCCAGCAUCCGGACACCAUCAAGUUCACCAGUGUCACGGAUUCCCUGGAGAUGGUGUUGGCCAAGCAGAAUGCAGACAUCAUGAACAAGCGUUUGUACACUGAAGCUUGGAACAAAGACAAGACCUCGAUUCAUGUCAUGCCUGACACCCCAGAAAUCCUGCUGGCCAAACAGAACCGAGUGAACUACAGUGAGAAAAUGUACAAGCUGGCCUUGGAGGAGUCAAAGAAGAAGGGCUAUGAUUUGCGAUUUGAUGCCAUUCCCAUUCAGUCGGCCAAAGCCUCCAGGGAGAUUGCCAGUGAGUACAAGUACAAGGAAGGAUACCGGAAGCAGCUGGGCCACCACAUUGGGGCCAGGAACAUUGAGGAUGACCCCAAGAUGAUGUGGUCAAUGCACGUGGCCAAGAUCCAGAGUGACAGGGAGUACAAGAAGGACUUUGAGAAGUCCAAGACAAGGUUCAGCAGCCCCGUGGACAUGCUUGGAAUUGUGUUGGCCAAGAAAUGCCAGCAGCUGGUGAGCGACGCCGACUACCGGCACUACCUGCACCAGUGGAUCUGUCUGCCCGACCAGAAUGAUGUCAUCCACGCCAAGCAAGCCUAUGACCUGCAGAGUGAUGCUGUUUACAAAUCAGACCUGGAAUGGCUGAGAGGCAUUGGAUGGGUUCCUAUUGGCUCCUUGGAGGUUGAGAAAGCCAAGAAAGCUGGAGAAAUCCUCAGUGACAGGAAGUAUCGGCAGCCUGCAGACAAAAUCAAAUUCACCAGCGUGACCGAUUCCUUGGCCAUGGUCUUAGCCAAGCAAAAUGCUGAGAUCAUGAACAAGCGCUUGUACACGGAAGCCUGGGAUGCAGACAAGAAGUCCAUCCAUGUCAUGCCUGACACACCAGACAUUCUGUUAGCAAAGGCCAACGCAGCCAACGUUAGCAAAAAACUUUAUAUACAAGCCUGGGAAGAUGCCAAAAAGAAGGGUUAUGACAUGAGAGCUGAUGCAAUUCCAAUCAAAACUGCAAAAGCAUCAAGAGAUAUUGCGAGUGAUUACAAGUACAAAGAAACCCACGAGAAGCAGAAAGGCCACUACAUCGGGUGCCCCAGUGCCAAGGAUGACCCCAAGCUGGCACAGGCCGCGCACGCCAUGGCCCUGCAGAACGACCGUCUCUACAAGAAGGCCUACAAUGAUUCCAAGACCCAGAUCCACAUCCCUGUGGAUGCCCUGUCAGUGCAGGCAGCCAAGGAGUGCCAGACCCUGGUCAGUGACAUUGACUACAGGCAGUACCUGCACCAGUGGACCUGCCUUCCUGACCAGAACGACGUGAUCCACGCACGGCAGGCCUACGACCUCCAGAGCGAUGCUGUGUACAAGUCAGACCUAGAGUGGCUCCGUGGAAUUGGGUGGUUGCCCAACGACUCUCCAGAAAUUAAGAGGGUGAAGAAUGCCCAGGAUCUCCUGAGUGACAACGUGUAUCGGACACCCAUUGACAGCGUGAAGUACACCAGUGUUGUGGAUUCCCCAGAUGUUGUUCUGGCCAAAACCAACGCUGAACAGAUCAGCGCUCAAAAAUAUAAAGAAGCCUGGGAAAAGGACAAGACUAUGAUCCACAUCAUGCCAGACACUCCUGAAAUCAACCUUGCCAAGGCUAAUGCUGUUAAUUACAGCCAGAAACAAUAUAAAGGAGCUUGGGACGAGCUGAAGAUGAGCUACGAUUUGAGAGCAGAUGCCAUUCCAAUUAAGACAGCAAAGGCUUCUAGAGAGAUUGCCAGUGAUUACAAAUACAAGCUGGAGCACGAGAAGCAGAAAGGACACUACGUGGGAGUGCCGAACGCAAAGGGAGAUUCCAAAAUCCAGUUUGCCCUGGACGUGGCCAAAGUUCAGAGCGAACGAGAGUACAAGAAGCACUUUGCCAAGCAGAAGACCCAGUGCCACCUGCCAGUGGAUAUGGUGUCCAUCGUGUCAGCCAAGCACGGGCAGGCCCUGGUGAGCGACGCCGACUACCGGCACUACCUGCACCAGUGGAUCUGCCUCCCCGACCAGAACGAUGUGAUCCAUGCCAGGCAAGCCUACGACCUCCAGAGUGAUGCUGUUUAUAAAGCUGAUUUGGAAUGGCUGCGGGGAAUCGGAUGGUUGCCAAAUGAUUCCCUUGGAGUCAAGCAUGUCAAAUAUGCUGGAGAUCUCCUGAGUGAGAGGAAGUACCGCACAAAAGCCGAAACUCUCCCGUUCACUCCCGUGGCUGACAGAGUUGAUUAUGUCACAGCAAAGAAUAGCACUGAAAUCCUCAGUGAUAUUAAAUACCACAAAGAAUGGAAUGAGGCCAAGACAAAUUAUACUCUCACAGAUACACCACAGCUGGACAUGGCCCGAGAGGCAGCCAGAAUUCUAAAUCAGAAUUUGUACAAGGAAAGCUGGGAGAAAGAAAAAGCCACUGGUUAUCUCCUGCCUCCUGACACGGUGCAGAUCUCUCAUGCCAAGCACUCGAGUGAUGUCCAAAGUGAGCUGAAAUACAAAGCUGAGUAUGUCAAGCAGAGGGGGCACUACGUGGGAGUUCCCAAGAUGAGGGAUGACCCCAAGCUGGUGUGGUACGAGCACGCGGGCGAGAUCCAGAACGACAGGCUGUACAAAUCAGACUACAACAAAACCAAGUCCAAAAUCCACAUACCUUCAGAUGCCAUGGCAGUUGUGGCAGCAAAGGAGGGCCAGAACUUGGUCAGUGAUGUUGACUACAGGCAGUACCUGCACCAGUGGACCUGCCUUCCUGACCAGAACGACGUGAUCCACGCACGGCAGGCCUACGAUCUGCAGAGUGAUAAUGUCUACAAAGCUGAUUUGGAGUGGCUCCGUGGCAUUGGUUGGAUCCCUCUUGAUUCAGUGGAGCAUAAGAAGGUUAAGAAUGCACAAGAACUGAUAAACAAGAGAGCAUACACCAAAGAAGCCCUGGAUAACUUUUCCAAAUACACCAGCGUGGUUGACACUCCUGAGAUCACUUUGGCAAAGAUGAACUCUGUCAAUCAGAGUGAUCUAAAAUACAAAGAAACAUUUAACCAGGAGAAAGGCCAGUACAUUGGGUCUGAUGAUACUCCUGCUCUGCACCAUGCCAAAGACAUGGCCUUGCUCCACAGUGAGAAACAUUACAAGAAGGCUUGGGAACUGAGCAAGCCCAUUGGAUACUCUCUGGAUGAGAAAUAUGUUCCACUUGUGGGAGCCAAACAUGCAAACCAAAUCAACAGUGAGCGUAAAUACAAGGAAAUAUAUGAGAAGCUGAAAGGCCAUUACCUGGCUGGGAAGGAUAUUGGUGAUUUCCCCAGUGUCAUUCACUCCCGGGAAUUCCAGAAAAUGAGGAGCGCGCUGGCCUACAGAAAGAACUAUGAAGACACCAAGAAGAAUGUCCAUAUCCCCACUGACAUGAUGAACCACGUCCUGGCCAAGAAGUGCCAGCACAUCCUCAGUGACCUGGAGUACCGCCACUACUUCCACCAGUGGAGCUGCUCCCCUGAGGAGAACGAUGUCAUUCACGCCAGGAGAGCCCAGGAGAUCCUGAGUGAUUCUGUGUAUAAAGAUGACUUAAACUGGCUGAAGGGACUUGGAUGUUACGUCUGGGAUACUCCACAAAUCCUACAGGCUAAGAAAUCCUAUGACCUGCAGAGCCAGAUAAAAUACACCUCUGCAGGGAAGGAGAACUUCCAGAACUUCAGUGUGGUUACAGACACCCCUGUCUAUGUGACUGCUCUGCAAAGUGCUGCCAACGCCAGCGAGGUGAAGUACAAGGAGGAAUUCCACAAAACUAAGGACAAGUACACAACUGUGACUGAGACAGUGGAUUCAGAAAGAGUUCAGAGUUUGAAACACCUCUAUAGUAAUAAUCUCUACAAGAAGGCCUGGGAUAAAGUGAAGGCCACCAGCUAUGCACUGCCCUCAGAUUCUGUAGCCUUGGCACGUGCUAAAGAACUGAAGCACAAUGCAAGCAUUGUCAAAUACCGUGAGGAAUAUGACAAGUUCAAAGCCCUGUACACCCUCCCCAGAGGUGUUGAGGAUGAUCCCAACACAGAAAGGUGCCUCAGAGUUGGGAAGCUCAACAUUGAUCGCCUGUACAAAGAAGCCUAUGAGAAGACCAAAGCCAAGGUGCACAUUGUGCCAGACAUGAUGGACAUCAUCUCAGCCAAGGAUGCCCAGAAGAAGAUCAGCGAGGUCGAUUACCGCACGCGGCUCCACGACUGGCUGUGUCUGCCAGACCUGCAGGUCAACAUCCAUGUGAGACAAGUCACAGACCAAGUCAGCGAUGUGAUCUACAAGGAUGAUCUGAACUGGCUGAAAGGCAUUGGCUGCUUUGUCUGGGACACUCCUGAAAUCCUCCAUGCCAAGCAAGCCUAUGACCUUCGCAGUGAUAUUAAGUACAAAUCUAAGGCAGAAAAAAUGAAGAAGGACUUCACUGUGGUCACAGACACUCCUGUCUAUGUCCAGAAUGUGAUCAGUGCCUUGAAUUUAAGUGAAGCUGUCUAUCGUGGUGAUUACAAGAAGAAUGUCCAAGGCAAGAUGAUCCCCACUGAUAAAACAGUGGAUCUGGAGCGGGCAUACAAUGCAAACAAAAUACAGAGUGAGAAUUUGUAUCGCUGGGCUGGUGUGAAUGCUCUGCCCACGGGGUACAGCCUUCCCACGGACACUCCCAACUUCCAGCACGCCAAACACGUCAAGCACAUCAGCAGCGAUCUGAAAUAUAAAGAAGCCUAUGAACACAUGAAAGCCAAGGGCUACACUCUGGGACCUAAAGAUGUUGGCUUUGAAAAUGUGAGGAAAGUCAAUCAAGCCAUUAAUGAGAGGCUGUACAGGGCAACCUACCACAAGAACAAGGACAAGAUUCACACCACCCCUGACACACCUGAAAUCCGCCAAGUCAGAGCCACCCAGGAGGCUGUCAGCGAUCUGAUCUACAAGUCAGAUUUCUUCAAGAUGCAGGGCCACCUGAUCUCCCUGCCCUACACCCCUCACGUGCUGCACUGUCGCUAUGCUGGGGACAUCACCAGUGAUAUUAAAUACAAAGAGGACCUGAGGUGGCUGCAGGGCCUGGGCUGCUUCCUCUAUGACACUCCUGACAUGGUCCGUGCCCGUGAGCUCCGCAAGCUCUGGUCUAAUUAUAUCUACACAAGUACUGCCAAGAAAAUGUGGCCUAAAGUCCAGGUGGUGUUGGAUACUCCUGGAUACAGAGCAGUGCAGGAACUAAAAACCCAUCUGAGUGAGCUGGUUUACAGAGCUGCAGGCAAUGAGCUGAAGACAAAAUACACUUCCAUCCUUGAUACACCUGAUCUCAUAAGAGCCAAGACAGGACAGAAAAUACAGAGCCAGUACUUGUACGUGGAACUUGCCACAAAGGAGAGACCCCACCAUCAUGCUGAUGGUCAGACUCAAGCCUUUGCACAUGCCAGGAGUGUCAAGGACAUGAUCAGUGAGAAAAAGUACAAAAUCCAGUAUGAGAAGAUGAAGGACAAAUACACCCCUGUCCCCGACACGCCAGUGCUGAUCAGAGCCAAGAGAGCCUACCUGAAUGCCAGUGAUCUGCGCUACAAGGAAACCUUUGAGAACACCAAGGGCAAAUACCACACUGUGAAGGAUGCUCUGGACAUUGUCUACCACAGGAAGGUCACUGAUGACAUCAGCAGCGUGAAGUAUAAGGAGAAUUACAUGAGCCAGCUGGGGAUCUGGAGAUCCAUCCCAGACAGGCCCGAGCACUUCCACCACCGCCUGGUCACGGAUGCCAUCAGUGAUGUUAAAUACAAGGAAGACCUGGAAUGGCUCAAAGGCACUGGCUGCUAUGUGUGGGACACUCCAGCUUUUGUCCUGGCAGAGCAGAAUAAAGUGCUCUACAGUGGGUGUAAGUACAAGGAGAACUUUGAGAAGACCAAGUCCAAGUUCAAGUACGUGGCUGACUCUCCAAGCAAUGAACAUUUUAAAUAUGCAACUCAGCUGACAGAUAUGAAAUUAUAUAAAGCAGCCUAUGAGAAGCUCAAAGAUAGGUACAGCGUUAUUGUGGAUGAUCCCAGGAACCUGCUGGCCAAGUGGGGCAGCACCCUGAGCAGUCAGAUUCAGUACAAGAAGGACUAUGAGAAGAAGAAAGACAAAUACACCACAGUUCUGGAUACUCCAGAGUAUUUACGGACCACAAAGGUCAACAAGCAGAUCAGUGACAUUAUUUACAAGCUGGAGUACAACAAAGCCAAGCCCAAGGGCUACACCACCAUCCAGGACACGCCGAUGCUGCUGCACGUGCGCAAGGUCAAGGACAGGAUCAGUGAUCUGAAAUACAAAGAAAUGUAUGAGAGGAGCAAAUCUCGCUGCAACGUCGUGGCAGAUUCAGUUCACAUCAAAACUCCCAGGCACGCCUACAAACUGAACAGCAACCUGGAUUAUAAGAAGAAAUACGAAGCAGCCAAAGCCCACUGGCACCUGAUUGCUGACAGGCCUGACUUCAUCCAGGCAGCCAAGUCCUCUCUGCAGCAGAGUGAUUACGAAUACAAACUGGACCGGGAAUUCCUCAAGGGGUGCAAACUCUCUGUCACAGAUGAUAAAAACACAGUGCUGGCCCUCAAUAAUGCCAUCCUGGCCAGUGAUAUAAAAUACAAAGAGAAGCACAACAAAGCCCGUGGGACCUACCACGUUGUUCCAGACACCCCUCAGAUCCUGCUGGCUAAGAACGUCAGCUCCCUGGUGUCUGAGAACAAGUACAAGGAGCAGAGCAAGAAGCAGCUGCCCCAUGGCUCCUUCACCACCCUGCCCGAGACCAGGGACACUGUCCACGUCAAGGAGGUGACCAAGAACGUCAGCGAGACAAACUACAAGAAGAAGUUUGUGAAGGAGAAGGGCAAAUCCAAUUAUUCUGUCAUGCUGGAGCCUCCUGAGGUGAAACAUGCCAUGGAAGUGGCUAAAAACCAGAGCACAAUUGAAUACAAGAAAGAUGCCAAGUCCAAACUCCACUACACACCUAUAGCAGAUCGACCAGAUAUUAAGAAAGCAACUCAGGCUGCCAAAUUAAUCAGCAAUAUUGAAUAUAAGAAGCGUGGAGCAGCAGGUGUGGGUGUGACCAUGCUGGGACGUCCAGACAUUGAGCUGGCCAAGGAGGUGUCCAAACUGACCAGCCAGGUGAAAUACAAGGAGAACUUUGCCAAAGAGUUGGGUAAAAAGCCAAAAUACGACUUGAAGGAGGCCAAAAUCUACAAGACCCUGAAGGAUGCCCACAACAUGGCCAGUGAGGUGAAGUACAAGGCAGACCUGAAGAAGCUGCACAAGCCCGUGACGGACAUGAAGGAGUCGCUGCUGAUGAACCACGUGCUGAGCACCAGCCAGCUCGCCAGUGCUUACCAGUACAAGAAGCAGUAUGAGAAGAGUAAGGGUCACUACCAUGUGGUGCCAGAUAAUCUUGAACAGGUUCAUCUCAGGGAGGCCUCAGAGCUCCAGAGCCACGUGAAAUACAGAGAAAAGUAUGAGAAGGAAAAAGGAAAGCCCAUGUUGGACUUUGAAACUCCCACAUACCUGACUGCAAAGGAGUCUCAGCUCAUGCAGAGCGAGAAAGAAUAUAAGAAGGACUUUGAAGAGUCCAUGAAGGGCAGGAACCUCACUGGCCUGGAGGUCACACCAUCCCUCUUGCAUGUCAAAUAUGCCACCAAAAUAGCGAGCGAGAAAGAGUACAGGAAGGAUCUGGAGGAGGGAGUCAAAGGGAAAGGACUGACAGCCUUGGAGGAGACUCCAGACAUGCUGAGAGCCAAGAAUGCCACUCAAAUCCUGAACGAGAAGGAGUACAAGCGGGCCCUGGAGCAGGAGAUCCGCGGGAAGGGCCUGACCGAGCUGGCGCUGGAGACGCCGGAUUUCGUGCGCGCCCGGAACGCCACCGACAUCGCCAGCCAGAUCAAAUACAAACAAUUGGCAGAAAUGGAGAAAGCCAACUACACCAGUGUUGUUGAUACUCCAGAGAUUAUUCAUGCCCAGCAGGUCAAGAACCUUUCCAGCCAGAAAAAAUACAAAGAAGAUGCAGAGAAAAGCAUGCCCUACUAUGUGCCUGUGGCUGACACACCAGAAAUGCAGAGGGUCCGAGAGAAUCAGAAGAACUUUAGCAAUCUUCAGUACCAGUCAGACCUACAGAACAGCAAAGGAAAAGUCACAGUGGUUCAGGACACCCCAGAAAUCCUGAGGGUGAAGGAAAACCAGAAGAAUUUCAGCUCGAUUUUGUAUAAAGAAGAUAUUGGAACUGGAACCACAAUUGAAAAGACCCCAGAGAUGCAGAGAGUUAAACGAACCCAGGAUAAUAUCAGCUCGGUGAAGUACAAGGAGAGCAUUGGCAAAGGGACUCCCAUUCCCGACCUGCCCGAGGUGAAGCGCGUCAAGGAGACCCAGAAGCACAUCAGCUCGGUGUUGUACAAGGAGGAGCUGGGCACAGGCACCCCCACGCCCGUGACCCCAGAAAUGGAGCGGGUCAAACGCAACCAGGAGCAGAUUAGCUCGGUGUUGUACAAGGAGGGGCUGGGGGUUGGCACCCCAGUUCCUGUCACUCCUGAGAUGGAGAGGGUCAAACGCAACCAGGAGAAUUUUAGCUCGGUGUUGUACAAGGAGGAGCUGGGGAGAGGAACCCCCACCCCUGUCACCCCCGAGAUUGAGAGGGUCAAACGCAAUCAAGAACACAUUAGCUCGGUGUUGUACAAGGAGAACAUAGGGAAAGCCACCCCCACGCCCGUCACCCCCGAGAUGGAGAGAGUCAAACGCAACCAGGAGAUCAUUAGCUCGGUUUUGUACAAGGAAAAUGUGGGGAAGGUGACCCCGACCCCCAUCACCCCCGAGAUGGAGAGAGUCAAACGCAAUCAAGAGAUCAUUAGCUCGGUGCUGUACAAGGAGCACAUGGCCAAGGGCACCCCGACCCCGCUGACCCCGGAGAUGGAGAGAGCCAAACGCAACCAGGAGAACAUCAGCUCGGUUCUUUACUCGGACAGUUUCCGCAAGCAAGUCCAAGGAAAAGCCGCCUAUGUCCUGGACACGCCGGAGAUGCGGCGCGUGCGGGAGACCCAGAAACACAUCUCCACUGUGAAGUACCACGAGGACUUUGAGAAGAGCAAGGGGAGCUUCACGCCCGUGGUGACCGACCCCAUCACGGAGCGCGUGAAGAAGAACAUGCAGGACUUCAGUGACAUCAGCUACAGGGGCAUCCAGAGGAGGGUGGUGGAGAUGGAGCGGAAACGCGUGGACCAGGACCAGGAGAACAUCACAGGGCUCCGGGUGUGGAGAACCAACCCUGGCUCCGUCUUCGACUACGACCCCGCCGAGGACAACAUCCAGUCCCGGAGCCUGCACAUGAUCUCAGUCCAGGCGCAGCGCCGCAGCCGCGAGCACUCGCGCUCCGCCAGCGCCCUGAGCAUCAGCGGCGCGGCCGACGAGAAAUCCGAGCCCUCGGAGGGCACCGAGCAGCGCCUGUCCUACUACAGCAACGGGGGCUUCUUCACCACCACGGCCACAGUGGGCUACAAGCAGGUCAAGACCAUUGAGCUGCCACAGCAACGCUCCUCCUCAGUGGCCACCCAGCAAACCACGGUGUCCUCGGUGCCUUCCCACCCCUCCACUGCUGGGAAGACGUUCCGGGCCAUGUACGAUUACACGGCGGCGGACGCGGACGAGGUGUCCUUCAAGGACGGGGACACCAUUGUCAACGUGCAGGCCAUCGACGAGGGCUGGAUGUACGGCACCGUGCAGAGAACCGGCAAAACCGGCAUGCUGCCCGCCAACUACGUGGAGGCCGUGUGA